ACCAAUGCAUACACUCGCUGUCGUUUCAGUCACCAGGUUUGUUUACACACGCAUGACAUACCUGGAACCUAUUUUCUUCCUUGUCGCGGUGUCUAACAUGGCUGUCUUGCAGUCCUCGAACACACUCUGCCUUACCGCCCUUCUUGUUGUAUGGCAGCCGUGUACAGCUCUGGGCAUGAUCGAGGCCAUUAUUGCCGGCUGUGUUGGGGGAGUUGGCGUUGUAGUCAUCAUCAUCACCAUCAUCGUUGUCAUUGUAUUGUUGUUGCGGAGGAGACGUCGACAACGACAUUUCUUCUCAGACACUGGGGCAAUCUACGAGAACGUGUCUCGCCCAAGGACAGUUCUACCUGUUGGUGCUGGAGAAGAAACAGAGGAAACACGAAAGACAAACGGGAAGAAGCGUACUACUGACAACGCCCUCCCUGAGAUGAAGAAGAGACAGACGUCCUUGGAUGUGGAGACUGUGUCGCCCAACGCCGCCUCCAGCACAGAGAUCCCCAUCUCCACACUGGGUACAUACGUCGCUCAAAUGAAGAAGACUGGAAGCUUUGAAACAGAAUACUUGAAAUUACCUUCCGGGUUCACGGGGUCAUAUGAAGUAUCGCAGAAGCCGGAGCAUAAUGGGAAGAACAAGUUUACCGGACUAUACCCCUAUGACUAUAACCGAGUUGUUCUGACCGCCUUUCCCGGAGAUCCUGGCUCCACCUACAUCAACGCCAGUCACGUCAACGGGUACAGGAAAGAUAAAAGCUACAUAGCAGCUCAGGCUCCGAAAAAACAAACCCUCAAGGACUUUUGGAGAAUGGUAUGGGAACAAAACUGUGGUAAAAUUGUCAUGCUCACAAACCUGGUGGAAAAAACAAAGGUGAAGUGUGAAAGGUACUGGAAUACGGAGGCUCCACUACAAGCUGGGAUAUACACAGUCACUGUUCUAAGAGAGGAGAAGAGGACAAACUGGACCAUCAGAGAACUCACGGUCACACAGAAGGGGAAACGACCCACGAAAACAGUCCUUCAGUUUCACUUCACGGUAUGGCCUGAUCAUGGUGUGCCGGAAGUGACGUCACUGAUGGAGUUCGUUUGGCGGGUGCGGAAAACAAAGUCAUCGUUACAAGGUCCCCUUCUCGUUCACUGCAGUGCGGGCAUUGGCCGGACCGGGACGUACAUCUCUACAGACUACUGUCUGGACAGAGGUCAGUCUGAACAGAGAGUGGACGUGUUUGGGUAUGUGUCCCAACUGAGGAGCGAGAGGAAGGACAUGAUCCAGACCCAUGAGCAAUAUAAAAGUGUCCAUCUCGCCCUGGCUGAAGCAUUCUCCAUGGGGGAUACAACACUGUCGUCCCAGAAGUUCCGAGAGAGAAUAAGCCUCAGUAGGGUCUUCCAGAUGGGAAACUGCUCAGAAGCGAAACUGCUCAGGGUUCUGAACAAUGAACGGAAAGCACUAAGGAACACAGGUAAAGCUGGUCAGCUGUGGGUAAAUGGCAGACAGGACCACUAUGCUGCACAAGUGUUGUCCUACCUGUGUAAGCACGGCUACGUGUUGAGCGAGGUGCCCUCCUUGUCCAGCACCGAGGGAUUCUGGAAGAUGGUGGAGGACCAAGAAUCGGAUGUCGUCGUCUUCCUUCCGGAAGCCAGCAAGUAUCUGCCCAGUGUGUGCCCAGAGAGGGGCGCUAAUCACUGGAACUCAAUAGCAGUCAGGAGCAGGAAGAUGGUCCACAUCAACAAUGAGCUGGCGUGUCGGAACAUACAGCUUAAAGCAAAGAGCAACCCUGGUGUCAACAUGAACGUCAACGUGUAUUCCACAUCGACGUCAUCGCAACUGACAUUGCAGGACUUUCCAGAUGUCAUCAAUCAUCUGGAUCGACCAAGGAAUUCUGAAGGAGACUCACGACCGAUGACCGUAGUGUUCGGACCAAAGGAGAAACAAGAUGCAGUGAUGUUCUGCGUCAUCAGCAACAUCCUUCAACGCUGUAUCCAUGACGAUGAAGUUGAGAUAUUCAACAACACCAGGAGACUGUCAUAUUUGUUCACACACGAUGUGACUAAGAGUGACCUUGCAUCUCUGUACAGAAGUGUCCCAUAUCAAGCUGACCUCGACAGGGGCUCGGUGUAUGUCAACGUCAGCGAUGUGUGACGUAGAAUAAGGAAAAGGAAAACAGGAUAAAUAGCACGAACUCCUGGCUACGCGUACCAUGUGCUGUGUGACGUGUGGUGUUGGAUGCACUGAUCGCUAGCCAGAUGUUGGUGUUCCUGAUAUCCACCGUAACCAGCACACACUGUUUUUUUUGGUACAACCAGAGGACAAAUGAUUAUUUGCCUUAAAUAUAUAUUUUUGUUCUGGAACAGACACCACCCUCCCACCACCACCACUACCACCACGCACACUGAAUAUCACACGAUCUGUUCCAAAGAUGCAUAACCUGAGCAGAUGCCGAUGAGUGCGUGGGUAUAGUUUUACGCCGCUUUUAUCAAUAUUGAUGCAAAAUCGCAGCGUGGGACAACAGAACCACAGAUUCUACCCAUGUGGGGAAUCGAAACAAGGUCUUCAGCGUCACGAACGAACGCGUUAACCACUGGGCCACACCACCGCCCCUAACGAUGACAUAAGGUAUUUUCAGUGAGAAAGCAUUUCGCUGCGGACCUGCCUAAAUUUGAACUCCUACCCUGAUUACUGAUGCCUGAAGGAUAUGUCAUUCUCUGCUUAUCUUCAUAAAAAUCGAAAUCCUGGGGAAAUACGUUAUGACGCCUGCCAACAGAUUCAUGUAACAUCCUCUUUAUGACUACAGUGAAAUAUAUGCAUUUGACAAACUCUGUGUACGUAUCUAUUAUCUGUGCUAUUGAAAAAAAAAAAAAGCCUUCUGGCCCAAUGUCGCUAUCUGUUUAUACAGCAGUCACGUGAUAACG